GCCCACUGCAUUCGGGCGGGUUUGGGCGCCUCCAUAGACGCACCGCCUUCCACAUCCCUGGCUCUUCAAGCCACGCCCCUUCGCGGAGGCUUUAAAGGCGCACAGCACAACGUCACUUUCACGCGACCUCAUCUUUGUCAGUGCACAAAAUGGCGCCUUACAGCCUACUGGUGACCCGGUUGCAGAAAGCCCUGGGUGUGCGACAGUACCAUGUGGCCUCAGUCCUGUGCCAACGGGCCAAGGUGGCCAUGAGCCACUUUGAGCCUAACGAGUACAUCCGUUAUGACCUUCUAGAAAAGAACAUUAACAUCGUUCGCAAACGACUGAACCGGCCACUGACCCUCUCAGAGAAGAUUGUGUAUGGACACCUGGAUGACCCAGCCAACCAGGAAAUCGAGAGGGGCAAGACAUAUCUACGGCUACGGCCCGAUCGCGUGGCCAUGCAGGACGCCACAGCGCAGAUGGCCAUGCUACAGUUCAUCAGCAGUGGGCUGCCCAAGGUGGCCGUGCCGUCUACCAUCCACUGUGACCAUCUCAUCGAGGCCCAGGUUGGGGGUGAAAAAGACUUGCGCCGGGCUAAGGACAUAAACCAAGAAGUAUACAAUUUCCUGGCAACUGCAGGUGCCAAAUAUGGUGUGGGAUUCUGGAGGCCUGGGUCCGGAAUCAUUCACCAGAUCAUUCUGGAAAACUACGCUUACCCUGGGGUUCUUCUCAUCGGCACUGACUCCCAUACCCCUAAUGGCGGUGGCCUGGGUGGCAUCUGCAUUGGGGUCGGGGGUGCCGAUGCCGUGGACGUCAUGGCUGGGAUCCCCUGGGAGCUGAAGUGUCCCAAGGUGAUCGGAGUGAAGCUGACAGGCUCCCUGUCCGGUUGGACCUCACCCAAAGAUGUGAUCCUGAAGGUGGCAGGCAUCCUCACAGUGAAAGGUGGCACAGGCGCCAUUGUGGAGUACCAUGGGCCCGGUGUUGACUCCAUCUCCUGCACUGGCAUGGCAACCAUCUGCAACAUGGGUGCUGAAAUCGGGGCCACCACUUCAGUGUUCCCAUACAACCACAGGAUGAAGAAGUACCUGAGCAAGACAGGCCGGGCAGACAUUGCCAGUCUUGCUGAUGAAUUCAAGGACCACUUGGUACCUGACCCUGGCUGCCAGUACGACCAGCUGAUUGAGAUUAACCUCAACGAGCUGAAACCACACAUCAACGGGCCCUUCACACCCGACCUGGCUCACCCUGUGGCAGACGUGGGUGCUGUGGCGGAGAAGGAAGGGUGGCCCCUGGACAUCCGAGUGGGUCUCAUCGGCAGCUGUACCAAUUCGAGCUAUGAGGACAUGGGGCGCUCGGCAGCUGUGGCCAAACAGGCAUUGGCCCAUGGACUUAAGUGCAAGUCCCAAUUCACCAUCACCCCAGGCUCAGAGCAGAUCCGUGCCACCAUCGAGCGGGACGGCUACGCUCAGAUCCUGAGGGAAGUGGGCGGCAUCGUCCUGGCCAAUGCCUGUGGCCCUUGCAUUGGCCAGUGGGACAGGAAGGACAUCAAGAAGGGAGAGAAGAACACAAUCGUCACCUCCUACAACAGGAACUUCACAGGCCGCAAUGAUGCAAACCCAGAGACCCACGCCUUCGUCACGUCCCCAGAGAUCGUCACAGCCCUGGCCAUCGCAGGAACCCUCAAGUUCAACCCAGAAACCGACUUCCUGACAGGCAAGGACGGGAAGAAGUUCAAGCUGGAGGCUCCGGACGCAGAUGAGCUGCCCCGAGGGGAGUUUGACCCAGGGCAAGACACCUACCAGCACCCCCCCAAGGACAGCAGCGGGCAGCGGGUGGACGUGAGCCCCACCAGCCAGCGCCUGCAGCUCCUGGAGCCCUUUGACAAGUGGGACGGCAAAGACCUGGAAGACCUGCAGAUCCUCAUCAAGGUCAAAGGGAAGUGCACCACCGACCACAUCUCGGCUGCAGGCCCCUGGCUCAAAUUCCGUGGUCACCUGGACAACAUAUCCAACAAUCUGCUCAUUGGCGCCAUCAACAUCGAGAAUGGCAAGGCCAACUCUGUGCGCAACGCUGUCACGCAGGAGUUUGGCCCUGUCCCAGACACUGCCCGAUACUACAAGAAACAUGGCAUCCGGUGGGUGGUGGUCGGUGAUGAGAACUACGGCGAGGGCUCGAGCCGGGAACAUGCGGCCUUGGAGCCGCGCCACCUUGGGGGCCGGGCCAUCAUCACCAAGAGCUUUGCCAGGAUCCAUGAAACCAACUUGAAGAAGCAGGGCCUGCUGCCCCUCACCUUUGCCGACCCUGCCGACUACAACAAGAUCCACCCUGUGGACAAGCUGACCAUUCAGGGCCUGCGGGACUUCGCCCCUGGCAAGCCCCUCACGUGCAUCAUCAAGCACCCCAACGGGACACAGGAGACCAUCCUGCUGAACCACACCUUCAACGAGACCCAGAUUGAGUGGUUCCGCGCGGGUAGCGCCCUCAACAGGAUGAAGGAGCUGCAGCAGUGAGGCUGCCACCGCCAGCCAUGGCCUCACCAGCGGUGGCCUCGCCGGCCAGGGCACCAGGCUUCCUGCUCCCCAUGGCGCCUCCAGACCCCCUGCCCGCCCACUGCACCUCCCCGGCACAGCCCUGCUGUCCCGCCUUCAGUCUGGUUCCCACCUAGGGUGGCCCUGCGCGACCAUAUUUAUUUUCGAGGACAGGAUGACACUCCCCUCUGCAGUUUUUAUUCUGCCUGACCAUCUGACUGGCGGCUCCAGGAGCCCAGAGAACCUUUUGUUCUUGCAAGAAAAAUAUCAUGGACUGCUCCUGUA